CAUUUUUAAAAAAAUAAUGGGAUUUUUUCCUUUUCUGUACAUAGAGGGGGUUAUUUACAACUUAUUUGAUCAGGCACCGUAACGGUCCACUAAACUAAAGGCUGACCGCGAUACAGGAACUAGUAGUGACAGAACUGAUACAGAAGCAAAACAUUAUAACAUUACCAUAACAUGUUAUUAGCUGUCAAAAUUUCCCCUAACUUUGUGAACAUUAUUUCACUCGUUCAUAGCCAUGGGUCAUUUCAGUUAACGGUUGCCACCGUCUCAUACGGAAGUUAAGGUUUUCAUGAUGGUAGUGGAGGUGGAGAGCUUCUUCGGUGUGUACAUGCUUUACUGCACUAACCCAAAAUUUAAAGGCCGUAUCUACAUCGGCUUCACGGUCAACCCUGAGCGGCGGAUUGGACAACACAACGCCGGGAGGCACAAAGGGGGCGCCAAAAGAACCAGUGGCAGGGGGCCGUGGGAGAUGGUACUCAUUAUCCACGGCUUCCCUUCAGAUAUAUCUGCUCUGAGGUUUGAGUGGGCGUGGCAGCACCCUCACUCUUCCAGACGACUUUCCCACGUCUCCCGACGUUCCAAAAGAGAAACGAGCCUGCAGUUCCACUGGCGCGUCGUCUCCAACAUGCUGCAGGUGGCGCCAUGGAGCAGGCUGCCUUUGACUGCCCGCUGGCUCAGACAGGAGUAUAGGAUGGACUUUGACCCCAGCCUGCAGCCCCCACUGCACAUCCCCAUCGCCUUUGGCAAUGUGAGGGCCAAGAAGAAGCAGUCGCUGCCAUCUGCAGGUGAAGAUGAAGAUGUGAUGUCUGUGUGUUCCCUUUGCAAGGCGAUGGUGUCAGAGAAGCUGAGCUGUUUCCUUCCAUUCUGUGGGAUGGUCAGUCAUGUAGUCUGCCUGGCCAGAUAUUUCCUGAGGUCCGAGCCAUCCCACCUCCUGCCUGUAGAGGGACAGUGUCCUUCCUGCCAUGGCUCGGUGUUGUGGGGGAGCCUCAUUCGCCAUAAACACGGCUGCCUCGGAGACCUGGAGGAGAUCGUUUCCUCCACAUCACAGAGCCACUGGGCAGAUGAACUGCAGAUGUGAAGAAAAGGAGGUUGCAGUAGUGAAUGUCUGCCAUUGGUACUGAAGAGUGUAUAUAAAUUUGAAUAUUUCAUCAUAAAGUUUUUAAUUCUUUGUAUUAUUAACAAUCAUUAAAUUUUUCCAAAUAAAAGAUUAAGGAAAUAAUUUUACUACUUCAUUUCAAAAGGAUGUGUUCUGUAAAGCUCUUCUGAAGAACAUGUUUUCUAUAGCUAAUGUGAAAUGUGUCUUUAUUUAUGUUUUUGUUUUCAGGACAUGAAAAGAAUAAAAGAAUAAUUGAAAAUUUUCUUUAUUUUGUCUGCUUUACUAUUUAAAUGCAUGUAUGUAACUUU